UUUAUUAUGACUUUUACAGCAAACGUAAAAAAUUGUGGCCAAAAAUUAUCGUAAAAAACCUUUUGGCAAAACAAUAUGUAUCUAAGGAUUAAAUACUGGAACUACAUAUCGGUGACAGUUGUGACACUAAUCCGACUUUUAGUACACCUGUACGAUAUCGUAACACUUCCGGUCUAUUACCUCAUCCAAAAGCCAUGGAUCGCCAGGAAAAGGAUUGAUGCCAUUUAUGCCAAACAAGUGGAUCCCGAAGACACGAAGUCUCCCUGGACUCGAUUGGGUGAUCACUCAUACCAUUUCCUCGACGAGUGCUCCACCAUUGAUGAGGCCAUCAGAAAGUCUAUUGAGAUUAAUGGCAAAGACAAACAAUGUGUGGCCUAUCGCGAGGUUCUCGGCGAAGAGACCCAUCAGUUGAACGGAAAGCCAAUCACCAAAUAUGUGUUGAGUGACUAUAAAUGGCUAAAUUAUGGGCAGUUUGACAACAAAGUGAACAAUAUAUCGAAAGGAUUGCUUGUGAAUGGCGUUAAAUCUAAGGACAAAGUGAUGAUAUUUGCGGACACGUGUAUGGAUUGGUUUAUAUGCGCUCAAUCUAUUAUGAGAAUUGGAUCCACUGUUGCCACCAUAUAUUCAUCACUCAAUGAUGAAGGAAUUAUCCACGGCUUGAAUGAGACAGAAGUGACACACGUUAUAACAUCGCACCACUUAUUGAAUAAGUUGAUUAAACUGCGUCCACAGAUUCCCAAAAUGAGCAAGAUUAUAUUUUUCGACUCCAAUAAUAACCAAAGUAAUCAUUCAAUUGAAAAAUCUGACGGUCAGGACAUCAGUUUGAUUGCACUCUCAGACUUGGAGAGCACCGGCCGUCAGACCAAUGGCGAGGAGUUGUCGUACGACAUGCCCAACGAGAACGACAUCGCAGUCUUGUUAUACACUUCCGGCUCGACAGGAGUGCCCAAAGGGGUGAACAUAACGCACAAGAAUCUACUGAAUUCUGUGGUUACAUAUAAACUACUGUUUAAUCACCUUUUGGCCACUCGUGACCAACAGCUAUACAUAGCAUACCUACCGCUGGCACACAUACUGGAGCUCAUCAUCGAAACCAUUAUGUUUAGUGUCGGCAUUAGAGUCGGGUAUUCAACGCCAAACACACUGACAGACGUGGGGACAGCCAUACGGCCGGGCGAUAAGGGAGACGCCACUCUACUCAGGCCAACACUCAUGGCUGGAGUGCCUCUCGUGUUGGACCGCAUCCGCAAAGGCAUUGUCGACAAAAUCAGUAGAAAUGGUUUAAUCGCACGACAAUUGUUUGAUUUCGGCGUUCAAUACAAAACAUUUUGGACUCAAAGAGGUUUCGAUACACCGAUUAUGAAUCGUUUUGUGUGCGGGAAGUUCAGGGCCACAGUUGGGGGCAAAUUGGACAUGAUGUUUGUCGGCGGCGCCCCUCUAUCGCAGGACACACAGAAAGUGAUCAAAGCGUGUCUUAACAUAAAGUUACUUCAGGGCUACGCCUCCACAGAGACUUCUGGUGCCGGUUGUCUAAUGGAUCAGUCGGACCAAAGUUACGGACAGGUGGGCGCACCCCUGAGGGGCACUAAAAUAGUGUUAGAAGACUGGGAAGAGGGAGGCUAUAGAGCCACAGACAAACCCAACCCUCGGGGAGAGAUUGUCAUCUCAAGCGACUCGAUAUCUGCCGGUUAUUACAAGUUAGAGUCGGCUACAGAAGAGGCCUACUAUACCGACGCUGACGGUCAGCGAUGGUUCCGUACGGGAGAUAUCGGCGAAGUGUAUCCAAACGGGAAUUUCAAAAUAAUUGACCGCAAAAAGGAUUUAAUAAAAUUAUCAUUCGGUGAAUACGUGUCGUUAGGAAAAAUUGAGGCCGAAUUGAAAUCCAAUCCAUUGGUGGACAAUAUCUGCGUUUACGGACAUCUCUAUCACUCAUAUUUGGUGGCAUUGGUUGUGCCAAACCAGCUGUCGGUCGUCAGACUC